CCCACCCACCACCUGCUCUCUCCUUUUAUGCUCCUCUCUCGCUCGCAUCGCCGCAGCGCUUUCCGAUCGAGUUCAUUCUGCCUCUGCCCCCACCACCCCCAUUGGAAGAGCAGAGCAGGUGGGUAGCGAGGCCACUAGCGAGUGAGAAGCCGCACCGCAGCCCAGCCGCGCGAGCGAGGGUUCUGAUCCGAUGGCCGGCGCCGGGGCGGACGGGGAGCGCAGGAUCGGGGUGGCGAUGGACUACUCCGACAGCUCCAAGAAGGCGCUGGACUGGGCCAUCGCCAACCUGCUCCGCCACGGGGACACCCUCGUCGUCGUCCACGUCCUGCACCACGGCGGGGAGGAGACCAAGCACACGCUCUGGGCCAAGUCCGGAUCCCCGCUGAUCCCUCUCUCCGAGUUCCGGGAGCCCGAGGUGAUGAAGAACUACGGCGUCAAGACAGACGCCGAGGUGCUCGACAUGAUCGACACGGCGGCGCGACAGAAGCAGCUCAAGGUGGUGGCCAAGCUGUACUGGGGCGACGCCAGGGAGAAGCUCUGCGAUGGCGUCGAGGAGCUCAAGAUCGACUCCCUUGUCAUGGGUAGCCGCGGCCUCGGCCCGAUCCAGAGGAUCCUCCUGGGAAGUGUGACCAACUACGUGCUGUCGAACGCAUCGUGCCCUGUGACAGUCGUCAAGGGAAAGUAAGGAGCAGGCCAGCCUACCAGCGAUAUGGAGGAUGCUAGCAUGCAGUUUGUGUGGACUAAGCGCUACAUGUGUCGGUGUUGUUGCUGAAUUUGAAUAAAGUAUGGAUCUUCUUUGUUUGUGAUGUUGCAGCUUUCGCAUAUCCUCCUGACCUUGUCUGUCGUAGUCUGUGAACACUCAACACUCGGUAGAUGCUAAUGUGCUCGCUUGUGCACAUCCCUUCUUAUUUUAGAUCGAAUUUGAUGCCUCAUA